GAUUUGGCACAGAAACCCCUCGGCCACCCACUACUUCACUACCAACCAUCUCUUCAUUUUUUUUUUAAUAUUUACCAAUAUUUCUUUUAUAUAUAUAAUAUCUUUCACACAUAUUAAAAAAGGGUAUCCUUUUUUAUUAUCUCUGCCCUCUUUUAUUAUCUCUUAGCGCAGAGUUAGCGGAGAAAUGCUCUUUUGUGCUCUCUGAAUUGCUCUCGAUUGAAGAAGAAGAAGAAGAACGUAAAGAAGGGUUCUUUUAUUUCAACUUAAGAAGAUGAGGGGAAGUCUUUGGCAGCUUGGGCAAUCAAUUACACGUCGUCUUGCUCAGGCUGACAAGAAGGCUGUAACACGUCGAUACUUUGCUUCAGAGGCUGAUCUGAAAAAGACUGUUCUUUAUGAUUUCCAUGUUGCUCAUGGUGGGAAGCUGGUCCCAUUCGCUGGAUGGAGCAUGCCCAUUCAGUACAAGGACUCAAUCAUGGACUCUACUAUUAAUUGCAGGCAGAAUGGUGGACUCUUUGAUGUAUCCCAUAUGUGUGGGCUGAGCCUUAAGGGAAAGGACUGUGUUCCAUUCCUCGAAAAGCUCGUCAUUGCCGAUGUUGCUGGGCUUGCCCAUGGAACAGGAACUCUGACUGUCUUUACAAAUGAGAAGGGAGGGGCAAUUGAUGAUUCCGUGAUCACCAAGGUGAAGGAUGAUCACAUAUACCUGGUUGUGAAUGCAGGCUGCAGGGAUAAGGAUCUGGCUCACAUUGAAGAGCAUAUGAAGGCAUUCAAGGCCAAAGGUGGGGAUGUCUCAUGGCACAUCCAUGAUGAGAGAUCUCUUCUAGCUCUCCAGGGUCCUCUUGCUGCCCCAGUUCUCCAACAUCUGACAAAGGAUGAUUUGAGUAAGUUAUAUUUUGGGGAAUUCCGAAUAUUGGAUAUCAACGGUGCAACGUGCUUUCUCACUCGGACAGGGUACACUGGUGAGGAUGGAUUUGAAAUCUCAGUUCCUUCAGAGAAUGCCGAGGAUCUUGCUAAAGCAAUCUUGGAGAAAUCUGAAGGGAAGGUUAGGUUGACAGGACUUGGAGCUCGAGACAGUCUCCGACUUGAAGCUGGGCUGUGUCUAUAUGGUAACGACAUGGAACAACAUAUAACACCUGUGGAGGCUGGACUGACAUGGGCUAUAGGGAAAAGGAGGAGAGCAGAAGGCGGAUUCCUAGGUGCUGAGGUAAUCCUCAAACAACUGGCAGAGGGUCCAUCAAUCAGGCGUGUUGGCUUCAUCUCCACCGGCCCACCUCCAAGAUCCCACAGUGAGAUUCAGGAUGAGAAAGGAAGCAACAUUGGCGAAAUCACCAGUGGAGGAUUUAGCCCCUGCCUCAAGAAGAACAUAGCAAUGGGAUACGUGAAAUCUGGGUUACACAAGGCAGGCACCAAAGCUAAGAUUUUGGUAAGAGGAAAGGCCUAUGAUGGGGUUGUCACAAAAAUGCCAUUUGUACCAACAAAAUAUUACAAGCCAUCCUAGACCAAAAUCCACCCCUUCCCAGCUCCAGGAUUUUCUGAUUGUUUCCCCUGUUUCUGAGUUCCUUUCCAUAAACUUUACAGCUGCUGCAAUCAAUACUAAUAUCCUUUUUGCUUCCAUUA